AUGGGUCCAUGGCUCCAUUUGAUAAUAUUAACAAUAAUAGUAUUGGUAGUGUCUUCUUCUUCUUCAACUAAUAUAGGAGUGGUUAUCAAUGUCGAUUCUCGUAUUGGAAAGGAGACUAAAAUCGCCAUGAAAAUCGCAACCACUCAACAAUUCAAUAAUUCUAUUUCUCUUCGUUUUAUCAUAGCUGAUAACCCCCUUCAAGCUGCUCAGGCCGCUAAAGCGAUUAUUCAAGACACGAAAGUGGAUGUCAUAAUUGGAAUGGAGACAUGGGAAGAAACCGCCUUAGUUGCCGAAGUUGGAAACCAAGCUCGAAUCCCCGUUAUAUCCUUUGCUUCUUCAUCAAUCGGUUCAAUCUUAUCGCCAAUCCAAUGGCCAUUCCUCGUCCGAAUGUCCACAAGCGCUUCAUCAGAAGCGCAAUGCAUCGCUUCCAUUAUCCACUCCUUCCAAUGGAGGAGAAUUAUCUUAAUCUACGAACUCGACCGAUACGGAAACGACGGAGGAGCCCUAGCCGCUUUAUCCUAUCACCUCCGACGCGUAAACUCCGAUAUAAUUGAUUAUCUAAUCCUCCCAACAUUCUCGUCUUUGUCAAAUCCAAGAGAGUUUAUAAGACGUGAAUUUGCAAAACUGUUGGUCAAUCAAGCGCCCCCAAGAAUCUUUGUCACGCUCCGGUUAUCUCUACAAAUGGCGGCUCAACUUUUCCACGAAGCUAAAUUAGUGGGGCUAAUGAAUUUUGACUCGUCUUGGCUUUUGUCUAGCAGCGUCUCCGACUUACUAGAGUCUGCUGACGCGUCUCUUAUUUCGAACAUGGAAGGCGCUCUCGGAGUUAAAAACUAUUACCCCGAGAAUACUUUUGAAUUAAAACGGUUUAGGCGGGAGUUUAAUAAGGCUUUUCGAUUAACUUACCCUGAUGAAGACAUUUCGGAGCCAGGGAUCCAUGCAUUGAGAGCCUAUGAUAGCAUUAAUCUCGUCGGGAAUGCAACGGUUAACCAUAAUGACACUAACGGUCAACUAAUCGAUAAAAUCUUAUCGAGCAAUUUCACCGGUUUAAGUGGAACCAUUCACUUUAACAAGGGAGAGCUUUCAGCUCGUCCCGUUUUCUCCAUUGUCAACGUUGUUGGAAAGCGAUACAAAGAGCUCGGUUUUUGGUCAUCCAACUCCGGUUUCUCCGAUAGACCAUUUAACAACCUCGGAAGCAACAGUAUGGACAUAUGGGCUGAUUUAGUGAGUUGGCCACAAAACUUAACGAUAGUAGCCGGUUUGAUCAAUUGCACAAAAUCAACAGUUCCAAACCCGAUCAAGAUCGGGAUUCCAACCAAAACAGUUUUCGAUAAGUACGUGAAGGUUAACAUGUCGAACAGAGAAUCCCAACCAACCGGUUUCUGCAUCGACGUUUUCCAAAAUGCGCUUCAGAUUCUCGAACAAAAACAUGUCCCAUUCCCGCCUCAUGUUUUCUGCCCAUACGAAGGAACAUACGACGAACUAGUCGAUCAAGUCGCGAACAACGUGUUCGAUCUUGUGGUCGGGGAUGUGACUAUAUUAUCAGACAGAUUACAGAAAGUGGAUUUCAGCCUUCCGUUUGCUGAAUCUUACUUGACGAUUCUAGCUCCGGUUACUCCAAGAACAUAUGAUCCAUGGCUGUUCUUCAAAACAUUCAGCAAUAAACUCUGGAUAACCACCUGCUUUAUAUUUUUCUAUAAUGUAAUGAUAGUUUGGAUUUUAGAACAUAGGGAUAAUCCAGAAUUUGAAGGGCCUUGGUAUAAACAGCUAGGGACUGCACUAUGGUUCACAUACUGUUCAAUCUACUAUGUUCAUGGAUCGAAGACUCACAAGAGUUAUACCAAGGUUGUCUUGGCGGUUUGGUUCUUCGUGGUGAUGGCUUUAAACGCCACCUUCACGAGUAUCCUAUCGGCUGCACUCACAGUUGAUCAGUUAAGGCCAGACAUAACAGAUGUGGAAUGGUUGAAAGAACACAACUCAACAGUUGGAUGUGAUGAAGGGUCUUUCAUGACAGACUACUUGGUGAAUGUAAUGAAGCUCAAAAAUGAAAACAUCAAGAACAUAAGCUAUGAACUUGAUUACAGAAGUGCAUUCGAAAACAGGAAUAUAACCGGGGCAUUCUUGGAGCUCCCUUAUGCUAAAGCUUUUCUAUCGGAAUACUGUGGUGGAUACGCAACCACUGAACUUCCCGACAGAUUUGGUGGAUUUGGUUUUGCGUUUCAGAAAGGAUCUUGGAUGACAUCUCACUUUUCAGAAGCAAUUCUAAACAUGGCAGAGAAAGGGGAAUUGAAGAAAAUGGAAGACAAAUGGUUUCCUCCUUCAAAAGAGUGUUCAUCUAUGUUAAAUUCAAACAACAAAGCUGGUAGAUUAAGCUGGAUUUGUUUCCAAGGACUUUACCUAAUCUCCAUCGUUACUUCUUCAACUUGUUGCCUUAUAUUUGCAAUUCGACGACUUCUUCUCCAUUGUCGCGAGGCUUGUGGAGGCAAUUUAGGGUUAGUGUUGCGUGGAAAAGCGAGAGAUUAUUGGAACAGAAUCUGGUCUAAUUUGACUAGUUUCUUACCUCACUCAUUGGGAGCCCAAACAAAACCCAACAAACUCUCCCCUCACAACUAUGGGAAAGAUGUUAUCAACCCCGCGGUUGAACAACAAAACUUGAACUUGCUUAGUGGUAGUGCCUUAGUCAUCAUAUCGGCGCCAUUAUCGUUUAGAAGCACAUACCUUUCUUGCACAAUGUCAAGUUCGAAUAAUAACUUCUUAACCCAAAUCAGCUCCUUACAAGCUUCCGUUGCUGCAAUAAGCUCAGCCUCCGCGGUUGACAACGCAACACACUUUUGUAGUCUCGAUUACCAAGAAAUAGCCUGA